AUGGAUGAAAACAUAUACGAUAAAUUUGAUGCAAACUUACAUAUAAAUAAAAAUAAUGAUAAUGAAAAAAAUAUAUCAUUUGAGGAUAGUAAUAGUACAGAUUACUCUAAUCAUUCUGAAUUAUUAAAUAAUAGUAAUAAAAAAAAAAAAAAAAAAGUUACUGUAUAUAAAAAUUUUAAGAAUGACAACGAUAUUAAAAUUGGAAUAAAAAUAGCUCUUCAACUUUUAUUAAACAAUCAGCCAUUUCCUGUCAAAAGGGAAGAUUUAUUCUCAAUUAUUAAUAUUUACGUGCCUAACUGUAAUACUAAUUUAAAAAGAAAAAUAAUUUUAAAACUUUUAAAAAAACAAGUUAACGAUAUUUUAGCACUAAAGUUAUUAACUUUAAGUAGUAAAACAAAAACAGAAUAUGUAUUAUCCCAAAAUAUUUUAUAUAAACCGCAUAAUGAUUUCUUAUUAUCUAAUUUAGAUCAUAAUAUAAGGGGGUUUCUAAUAUUUCUUAUUCCUUUUUUUAAAGUUUUUCAUAAUAAAAUACCUUUAAAUUACUUAUUAUAUGAGUUAGAAAUUGUUGGCUAUAAAACAUUAAAAACAAAAGAAGAAAUAUUAAAAAUUUUAACAACUCCAAGUCUUUUUACAAAUAUUAAAAAUAACUUAUCAACGAAUGAAAUGGUAGAACCAUUAGAUUAUAUAAUUUACGUUAAAAAAUUAUCAUAUGUAGAUUUUUACAAUGAUCAAUAUGAUGAAAAUUCUCUUGAUGGUUUUUACUGCACACCUACAAUUAGAUUUGAAUAUGAAAUAAAUAUGAAAAAUUAUAUAAAAGAACUUUUAAAAAUUCCAAAUAAAAAAUUUCACUUAAAGGAUAUGUAUGUUUUAUUUGAAGAAAAAUAUUUCUUAGAUAUAAAUUGCGAUAAUUUAUAA